UCAGCAUCAAACAGAAGAAUUGUCAUUUUGGGAAAAACUGGAGCAGGGAAGAGCAGCCUGGCCAACACCAUAUUUGGUGACGAAUGGUUCAAGAUCAGCCAUACGUCAAAAUCUGAAACAACUAAAUGCAAAUCAGACACCAAAUCCAUCAAUGGAGGAAGCAUCACUCUGAUUGACACCCCCAGCUUCUUUGAUAUCAACAAACCUGAAGAUGAGCUGAGGGGUGAGAUAGAGAGGUGCAUCUCUGAGUUUGCUCCUGGUCCUCAUGCUUUUCUCAUUGUUCUUAAAAUGGGGAUACACACUAAGCAUCAACAGGAUGUCAUCAAUAAAAUAAAGCAGUACUUCUCUGAAGAAGUCUUCAACUACUCAACAGUCAUCUUCACUCAUGGAGAUGACCUUCAUGAAGGAGUAACAAUUGAAGACUUUGUCAGCGUGGAUCAGAGUCUGAGUGAUCUGGUGAGGAAGUGUGGAGGCCGCUGUCAUGUCAUCGAUAAUAAAUAUUGGAAAAACAAGUCAAAAGAUAAAUACAGGAGCAACCAGUUCCAGGUUGAAGAGAUCCUGAAGUCAAUAGACAAGAUGAUAAAGGACAACAAUGAUGGCUACUAUACCAGAGAAAUGCUGCCAGCAAAACUACCCUGGAGACUCUGGAGAAGGAUACAAAAGAGCAUCACAUGGUUAUGA